AUGGAGGCGAUCGAGCUGCUGGGGGGGAUGGUGAACAGCGUGCUGGAGUUCCCGCUGGUUGGGUUCCUGGGUCGGCUGGUACCCGUGGGUGGGAGCGAAGCCGGGCAGCAGGUCGCCACCGCGGUUGCCGUAGGCCUCGACAACCUCGGCUCUCUCUGCUCACAGGCCGGCCUGGACCGAUGGGAGCUUCUGGGCCUCGCCGUGCUGUCGGCGAUCACCGUCUACCGCAAGGAGCUGUCCUCCAACAGCGUGUACGGCAAGGGCGGCGGCGGCGGCGGCGGCGGCGGCGGCGGCGGUAGGCGGUAUCACCGCACCGGCGGCGACGGCGGCAGCGCCGUCGUCGUGCACGUCGACGGCUGCCACGUGGCGAUGGCGGCUGCGGCUGCUGCGGCGGCGGCUGUAGGUGGCCACUAA